CUCACUCUCAUCAUCAGACAGACGGCCACAGUCCACAAGUUCACUGUUCGCAACCGCCCGGUUCUUCCUCCUCCUCGACAGUUUACAAGCCGAGCAAGUGUAUAGUGGACCGGUCCUCCAAACUCGGGCUCCUACUAGACCUCUAUAAGUUUAAAAUAUCCGAAUAAUUCCUACUUUUCAAAGUCAUUUCUUAAACUUCGCGAUCGUUAACAUGGACUUUGUAAGUCGCUUUAAGUAGUGAGAGUAAUAUUGAUAUGUUUAAAUGUCAUUCAACUCUAAUUCAACGCUUAUUUUAAAAGAAUUUUAAAGGUUUCUUACCGAGUGAGGAAGGAUUAGGUAACGCAUCCUAGGCCGAUGUUUACAAGGACCGUAGAGUUUGUGUUUGGUUUUGAACAAUGCUACUCCGUGGCACUGAAUCACACAGGCUCCUCGGAAUGGUGUCUGCUUCGUCUUGGAGAGGCAAGUCCUUUUUCGGGACGUCUGCCGUGACGAAGGCCCAGCUACAGGUGCCCGGUCCUAAAUCCUACCCGAUCAUAGGAUCCCUCUUGGAGAUCAUAUCUGAUAAAGAUUUCGACAAGCAAAACAUCUACGGUUACUUCCAAAAGCUCUUCAGAACCUAUGGCCGGUUGUCAAAGUGGAGUUUCCUGGCAAUCCUCCCUUGGUGCUCAUUCAGAGACCGGAGGACGUGAAGGCGAUGUACAAACUCACCGAGAAGAGUCCGGCGCGGGGCGGAAUGUUGUCUUUGAAGAAGGCGAGGUACAACAACCCUUACUUUCAGAAGAAGGGAGGAAUUGUUGUAGAGGAUGGCAAAGAAUGGUGGAGGGUUCGAUCGAAAGUGCAAGUACCCUUGAUGAAGCCGAAAAAUCUCUGCUUAUACAUAGAGGAGAUGGAGAGGAUUUCUCUGGACUUGAUACACAAAGUGUCGCGACACAGAGACGGAAAAGGGGAGGUCACCUUAGAUUUUCUAGAGGAGUUACAGAAAUGGGCAUUAGAAAGUGUCUGUUUUGUUUCCAUCAACCAGCGCAUUGGGUGUUUCGACGGGGUAGUAAACAAAGAUUCGAAGGAAAUCAGAGAUGCUGCCUUUGAACUCUUGGAUGCCAUCUUCACCUGUGAAACAAGAUCAAAACUAUGGAAGAUUUACCGUACAGAACCUUUCAGUAAAUUGGAGAAGUCGCUGGAAUUCUUAACAGCGGUCUGUGAUAAAGUACUCCACGAAACCAAGAAGAAGCUAGCCAGCAGGAAAGACUAUCUAUCUGAGGGGAAUCUCAACAUCAUGGAGCACCUUGCUCUGUCAGGGGGACUGACACACAAGGACAUCGUGACCUUUAUGAUGGACAUCAUACCUGGAGGGACGAAUACGACAUCGGACAAUGUUGCUGUCGUUUUAUACCUCUUGGCCAAGAACCCUGACGCCCAAAGAAAGUUGCAAGAAGAGCUAGACAGAAUACUUGGUGAUGGAGAGGGACCAAUUACACCUAAGCAACUGGCCCAGCUUUCUUAUGCAAGGGCUGUACUGAAGGAGGCAAAUCGGGUGAUGCCACCAAUGUUUGGACCAGUAAGGUUACUCCAAGAAGAUAUACAAUUCAGAGGAUAUGCUUUGAAAAAAGGGUGGUCUGUCCUCUUCAUGAACGGGCUUCUGGGGUGGGAGGAGUCGGUUUUCCCUCAAGCUGAUAAGUUCAUACCUGAGCGAUGGCUGCGGAGCAAGCCACUAGGAGACAUUCACCCCUACACCAUCCUGCCUUUUUCACAUGGGACCCGCAUGUGUAUUGGGAGGAGAUUGGUUGAACAACUGAUUUAUAUUCUCAUGGCAAGACUAUUCCAUCGGUUCACUUGGAGUGGAAGCACCCCGGACAUGGGUGAGAGUACAAGGUAGUGUUUAGCCCCAAAGGACCGCUCAAAUUUACGCUCUUGGAGAGAUAGCUAGCUCCUGCAGGUGAAGACUACCAAUGUGAUAUGAAGUUAUAAUAAUGCAAAGGUAAACAAACUAUCAUUAUAAUGACUGCAGAAAGGAUAACCUGCACAGCAAUAAAGAUGUAAAUAUUACAUUAGUUACUGAAGAAUGAGGUUUUUGCACUAACUCCAUCCAACGAUGACCUUGGCCACA